CCGUCCUCGCGUAAACACGUGCGACGCCAACCCAUGUCAUCGCGAUGGAUGUGUUACCUAGUGGGAACCUAUUUCGUGAGCUCCAGGAUGUCACCGACACCGGCUAUUUCGAAUGGAAACUGUCCCUAGAAGACUACUGGCAGCAGACAUGCUACGAAAUGGAGAGGUACCUCCGCGAGGAGCCGCGCAGCAAGCGCCGCUCCGAGGAGGAGUGGGCGCGCUCUCCGGUCUGCCCCCCCUCGCCCCCUCCGCUGUUCUUGGCCGCGGUGAAGAGCGAGCCCCCAGCGACACAGAGGAUAAAGGUCCGCCGCUCGACGAGAUCCGAAGUUGGUCUCUGUCCUCGCCACUGCUCUUCCCGCUUCAUGAGAAAAUCGAGCCGCUGAGUGACGACGACUCAAAAGGCACAGUACAACCCGACUGGUCGGUACCAUCGCCGUCGGCCACACCACCAACGCUGUUCACCGUCACGGCCGUCAAGGACGAACCUCCUAGCGAUUCGGACGAGCCUAGAGGUUCAAUAUCGCGCAAAGGCAGUUGGGGCAAAAAAGACUGGACGCUUUCGGCGUCGCCGCCGCGACCCGCGCUUUACGCCGCCAGCGUCAAGGAAGAACCGAGCGAUUCUGAUGAGGCCAAAGGGUCGAUCCGGAAAACCGGAUGGGCGGACUGGACGAUAUCACCAUCGCCGACCCGGCCCGCUCUCUUCACGGCGCCCGCUGCGAAGGACGAGCCGAUCAGCGAUUCGGAUGAAGCUAGAGAGCCCAGCCCGCCGCGCCGGCACACCCCUCGUCACCACUCACACGCCGAUCCUCGCCGUCGGGUCCAUCGUUGUGAGUUCCCUGCCUGUGACAAGGUGUAUACCAAGAGCUCACACUUGAAGGCACACAAACGGACACACACAGGUGAAAAACCGUACAAGUGCUCAUGGGACGGCUGCGAAUGGCGUUUCGCACGCUCAGAUGAGCUGACCCGGCACUACCGCAAACACACCGGCGCCAAACCUUUCCGCUGCCGCCAUUGCGAGCGCUGCUUCAGCCGCUCCGACCAUCUCGCGCUGCACGCCAAGCGACACGCGUAGCCCGGCAACAACUAACCAAUCAGAGAGAAGCAACCCACCCUCUGAUUGGACGCGAAUCAGAACGGGUCUCUGAUUGGUCGGGCUUAACUAAGCCGAGCCGAGCGCUUGUGAUUGAGGAAUUGAUCGCGGGCCGAACCAAAGAUUGCUACGCUGUUAGUCAAACUCAGAUAAUGCUUUAAAUUUUUUUUUUCGUUUUUGUAAUCUCUUUCGGCUUGGUUGCCGUUUAGCUUAUGCCGCAAAGCGGCGAGUGCCAUCGUUGGGCGGGGGUGCGGAUGUUUUUUUGUGAACUACCUACCUAAAACUGGCAGAAUAUAAGCGUCUUAUCUCUAACUGUCCAGAAAAGUUAUUAUGACUUACGUUCUCGCGCGCGAGUCCAUACUUGUAAUCGCGCCAGAUAUAUGCAGUCGAGCACGAGUACGCAACUCAUUGUCAUUCAUUUGUUUUGAUUCGUGGCUGGCUAGAGGAUAAAGUCUGCUUUGCACGACGCAACCUAAAGGAUGACUAGUUGUCAUCAAGAUUUUACGUUUAUUUAAGAGUCACACGACGAGACUUGAAAAUUGUCAUCUUUGGGUUGCACAGUGUGAAACAGGCCUUAGACGCAUCUUGCAAUUAAGUAACAAGAAUUUAACGUUUACUAUUUUAAAACCACCCUAGACAAGUAUUAACCGUAGAUUUAAAGCCCAUUCAAAAUCAAACAGUACCAGUUCCAAGCGAAAACUAUGUUUUAGUAUGAAAAUAGCGUUUUAAUAAAGAUAUUAGUAAGAAAUAAUGUCUGACCUAUUUGAGACUGAUCAUACAUUUUUUAUGCCUUUUGAAUUUCCCUUGAAAUAAAUCAUACGCUUUUUCCAUACACAUUUACGCUUUAUAUCGUAUUAUUGAUACUAACAUCUUUAUUUUAACGCUAUUAUUACAACCAAUUAAAAAAAGUAACGCAUUCGCACAUAACCCCCGCCCGUGUGUUUUCACGUGACAUAUUAUUUAUUGGUAAAGCUAUCUUCGAGAGCCAAAAUGUAUGUAAGUAUAAAAUGUAUGUAUGUAUACAUUUUGUCUGGAAGAUAGAUUGGGUACGCACCCACCGAGGCCCGUCACUUUAGUUAGGCUUAGGGGGCGAAUCUAUGUGAGAGUGAGAUAACUGUCAUGACAGAUAGUCUGACAGUGUUAGGCCGAAGGUACCAUAUUUAAGAAGUAAGUCUCUGAAAGAAAAUAUUUAAAUUAUUAAAGUUUCUUAUAAACCAAAAGCGAGUACCUAAGCGAUGAGCUAUCUGCGAUAAAAACGAAAAAAAGAUAGUCGCUCCCGUGUAAAUGAAAGAGAUGCAAUGAUAACGCAAGCGAGUUAUAGUUCGUCGCAGAGCGAUGAACUACAUAUCGCUCGUUCUCUCUUUGAUUUAAACGGGAGCGAGUAUCUUUUGUUCCUUUCUAUCUCUCGUAGUCUCUAGCUCUUAUCUUGAAGUAAGAAUACUAAUCACGAAGAAUUCCGUACACUGACCCGUUAUGUUCUAUCUCUAAUACACUAGAAAAGCAUUAAAAAAAAAAGUUUUGGUAUAGAGUGAGAGUGACCUUCGGCUUGUAAAAGAGAUUUCCAUUAAUAAAAAAAUUGAUUCGCCCCAGUUAUACGUCUCGUUACCUGAUGUAUUUAAUCGGUACAGUCACUCGUUCGAAAACGGUAUGCUUCGUACUGACGCCGUGGCAUGCGAGGACGACGGUCGCCUAUCAUCCUUAGUUCAUCGACGGCUCCUACCUAAGACACUUGAUACCUAAGACAAGAGAUAGAAGCCACAGUAUAAUAAAAUAAAGAGUACUGUCGUUCAGGAUGGCCACUCUGCCUCCCGCUAAAGUGCCGUCCAUCCGCUCUCGGUAACCACAUAGUCACCGGAUCUCAAAGGCGAGACCAGCCAGUCCUAGGAAACUCCCAUAUAAAAAAUAUGGGAAAAACUCAAAAUAAAAUUGCUAUGUCAACGUGGGGAUUGUUGUCUUAUCUCACUCACAAGCAUGGUACAUGUUGACCUACACAAGCUUAGACUGUGUGCGUAGGAACGCGUUUGUUCCAUAUAUUUGAUCGCCAGUGUCCGAGGUGUGUCGAAGGUAUGUCCGAGGUGUGUCGAAGGUAUGUCCGAGGUGUGUCGACGCAAACCACGGCGCAAGUCGCAAAUCGACUGUCUAGAUCCAUGUUGUACGAAAUCGUGACGUAUUCGUGUAGUUUUAAGAUAUUUUUAACGUCGAGGGAGAUUUUUUAUAGUAAAAUGAUUUAUAUUUUACUGUUUUUUAUGGUUGAUGUUUGCUUGAGACUUUUAUGUAGGUAUAUAGUGGUGAUACCCUUAUUAUGGAUGCAAUGUUAAUCUUUUUUAUAAUAAAGUUUCAAAUUAUAAAUAUCUAUUAAAACCCAAAGGUUUACUGUAUACUUUACUGCAUUUACGAAAAAAAUAACAGUAGAUGUUUGUAAUUUGAAACUAAUUUCGACGAGUGACUGAAAUCGAAGCAAAGUAUGUUUAUUUUUUAUUACGUUUAUUAUUAAGGUAUAAUUAAUUGUUUACGUUAAGCUGUUUUUAUUCUGCUCUUUCAUUCCGUUCUUUGACCCGCUGUAUGGACCAUAUCCGUCGUUUAAAAAAAAUCAUCGUUGAAGGCAAACUAUUGAGAUUUUUUUCUAUUUUCAUCAAUAGUGUGUCUUACUCCGUAUUUUAGGACAGAUUAUCCUUAUAUUUAGGACUUUCUGUUCUUCAAUUCCCGGUUUCAACGACAAACACUCAAGUACAAUUAAAACAGGUCUUCCUUAUAAUAUGACCCGGGUCAUUGACCCGUUUUCAUAGUGCUCGAGUGUGAUGAAAAAAGUUUUAAACGGCAGAUACUUUAUUACUGGUCCGUAACAGACGGGCUAGUAUUACGGGUUGGAUAUUUCUGCCGCCUCAGGUUGAUUCUAGACGGCUUUUGGGUCCAUUGGACCCUUGGGUCCAUUAGACCCUGGGGUUCCUUGGACCCUAGGACCCAUUUUAUAGAUAGGUACGCUUUUAUAUUCGUUUUUAUUGUAAAUUAAAUUUAUUGGCAUCAUAUAUAAAGCCUGUUAGCUUUAACUCGUUUUCUGCAAUUGAUUGUUGAGUUUAUAAAUGACCAAUAGUUUUACAUUUUAUACUUAUUUAAAACAGUCCUAUUGAUGAUUCCUAUUAUAGGAAUUUUAACUUGCUUAAGCUUUUAUCGAAUACCGAAAUCUGGUUAUAAACAACCAUAUUAUUGACCUACUUACUAAAGGUUCGUCGCGUCAAUAAAUAAUUGAGGACAUUGACCUUUCUUAUAUCUCUGUCGCUCGCGCGCGAUUCGUGUAUUUUUCUCGCACGCGAUCUGCGAUAAAGUUCAAUCAACAGAAUUAUUAUGUACAGUGACGGUACUUUAUCGGAGUGUUUUAAACAUCUUAUGUAUACAUAUUACAUACAUCUACAAGCCUGAAAAGUCAAAAUAUUCAUACAGAUAGGUUUAUAUUUUAACAGUCAUGUUAAUUAAUACAUAAUUUUAUUCAGUUUCCACCAUGGGUAAUUCCGUGUUUAAAUUCAUUAUUACAUAAAAUCCAAAAAAUAAUAAUUUUUGUUUAAAUAAUAUAAUUUUGUGCGCCAGCGCUCUUAAUAUUGUCACAAACACUAAGAAAUUUUAUUAUAAAAUCGUAUGUAUGCGAAUCGUAGUCAUUAAAGAUAUCCCAUUCAACGAAGAUUGUGAUCGUCGAAAACUAGGGAAUAAGUGUAGUAAUAAUUUUAAAUUAUCAUCUUUAUCAUCAUAAGUCUUCGUUGGAUGGUCUAAAACGUAUGUUGCCAAAUCGUUAGGCGGACAUAUGUCGAUAUUAGACUAUACCAUAGAUUAAAUAUAAGGUCAUACCAUCCCAUACUAUAAAAUGCGACCACCUAAGAACGCGCAUACACUACAAC